AUGACCAAUCCGUACGCCCGUCCGACAGUACAGCCGCACAUCGAAGACCUACCGUCCGAUUGCGGAUUGCAGUGGCUGGGAUAUUCAUUAUGCCGGUCUUGGAUUAGAUGCGCUACAGCUGGAAAAUAUUUGACUACCAUAACACUGUUUGUUUUCUUCCAAACAGCGUCACAGAGAUACUUUUUUUCGACGUUGGAAUCGAGAAGUUAUAAUAUACCUAAAGAUAUAUCAAAUUGGCUGUGGAUUCUCAGUGGAUUUGUUCAUUUGACGCUGUCAACAUUCAUUGGAUACCGAGGAGGUAAACGCAACAAGAAUUCAUGGAUUGCAUUUUUUGGGAUCGUGCAAGGAAUUUUGGCUGUCUUACUGGCGAUGAUCAAUGCGUCCGAUCAUUACAGCUUUCAACGACCAUCAGCUUUAGUCUUGGCUACAUUAGGAGAUACGCCGUUAUGCGACUCUAUACACGGCGCUCACGUAAAGGAACCAUACGUUCCUUUUCACUUGGUGAAAACUGCAGUGUUGUUUUUGCUCCAAGUCAGCAUGUCACUAGGAAGCACAGCCCUAUUGGCUCUGGGCCUCGGUCUACUUGACGAAUCAGUGGCCCCAACCAAAAUACCGGCUUGCAUAGGCGUAGUCGUCGGUUCGUCACUUCUGGGACUUCAAACGGGGUUGAUGGUGGGGAAAUUUGCAUUCCACAUGAGCUCAGAGUUCAACUUGGCUGGUGACAUCGUUUGGCUCAUUAUUGGUCUGAUACUGAUCUUUGUGUCUUUCAUCGUGGCUCUAUAUCCAAGCAGACUGGUCACGAGCCGUGCUUCCACGUUAAUACGAAACAGCCCAAUUUAUCGAAACAACAGAUACGAUUUCAGGAGCACUCUUGGAAGAAUUUUCAGUAACAAAUUAAUUUUAUCCAAUAUUGCUGCCAUCGCUUGUGUGUACACAGUAUUAAUCAAUAUGUUGUACGAAGAACCAAAUUAUAUGGAAUCAGUAUUUUUCGUGCCCAAGCACACAACUGAUGCAACUGAUCAAAAUACCAUAAUCAUUGAUUUUUUGAGAUAUCCUUUGGCAGCGGUAUGCGUGUUUUUAUCUGGCGUGUUAAUAUGCAUUACACAACCAAGAGCUACGUUGUUAGCCGCCUGGAACAUUGGCAUCAUUUGUGUUGUGACUAUAUUAGUCUUCACCAGUAUGUUCCUCCGGUGUUCUAAAAUACAAGUACACAACCAAAUAACACACAAGUCCGAAUUAAACGAAUUUUGCAAUAAGGAUUGCAAUUGUCCAGACAAUAUUCCAUUUGAACCGGUUUGUUCGUCCAACAGCCAUAUAGUCUAUUACUCACCCUGUCACGCUGGUUGCAGGACUCAGGAUCUGUAUUCCAGACAGGAGUACGUUGGGUGUGCUUGCGUCCAAACUGAAUCAGCCAGCAAGCGCGCUUGUUAUGAUCAUAACUGCCACCAAAUGAACGUCGGGUAUCAAUCAAUUUCAGUGUUGAUCCUGUCGUUAUUGGGAACAUGUAUAGUUGGCACAAUCAUUUUACUGCUCAGAAGCGUUGAACCUGAUGAUCGUACCACAGCUUUGGGAUUUGCAGUGACUUUCAUUUGUUUGAUGGGACAUGUUCCAGGAAAAAUACUUUACCUAUUUGUUGGGCAUGUAACGUGUAUUUUGUAUGACAGCAACGAUCAAUGCCGGCUAAAUGGUGCGGCAACGUUUUCCACCUACCUUAGUCUGUCCAACAUAAGUAUACUCAUGACAGCGGCAGCGCUCUAUGCAUGCGUGUGUUUAAUGUCAAGGCCAAUGCGUCCAUAUGGAACUUCGGAUUCUGCGAAAAAAUUUAUCGUUAGCUCAGUAUCGAGUCCGUUAAGUCCAUUAACUCCGCCUGGGUUUGAAGAACGAGCUCCCACGCCAACCAGAAAGCCACCGAAGAGAAGACCAUCUGAUUUAACGUUUUCUGCUUCGAACACCAAUAUUGAUUUCACCAGACAUACUGAUGACUAUUCACCUAGGAGUCCCGGAACAACGCUCAGAGAAGGAGGGGUCUUAACUACAUUACUGUAAACUUUCAUAAAAUAAUACACACACGUGAACUAUGAACAAGAUAUUAUGUGAUCUAAACAUCCUAUGGCUCAGGUCGAUCAUGGAUACCUAUAGAUAUACACUAUACAGCCAUGGAGGUAUAUAAUAUAUUAUAUGUAUUAUACUACAGAUGCCUCAGUAAGCGUAAACAAAAUCAAAAUUACACGCGCCAUACUAUUUAAUUUAAAAAUGUAUUACGUACCAAUCUAGUCUAUGGCUUAUGAUGUUUAAUGGGGGAUAUAUUUUGGUUCUAACUCCUAAUUUAUUAAACCUUAUAAUAUAAAACUGUGUUUGAAAAAAAUUAUAAAGAUAAUGGAACUUUUAUAUAUGUACUUACUUAAUAAAAAGUUGUAUUGAUGGUACGAGAAUAAUCAAAUCUAAUUAUAAUUUUAAAUUAUAACGGUGUGCCCAUAAUAGAAUAGUAAAUUAAUAGUAGUAAUGUAUAAUAUUCAUGUUUUAAUUAGUAAAUUACGAAUUUAAUUGUACUCAAAGUUAUAUAAUUAUUAAUUUGUAACGAUAAAUGACUAACGAUUGACAUUUGGUCGUAACCACUGCAGGCGUUUGUGUGAAUGUAUGUUUAUUUAUAAUGUUUUUAUACAUAAUAAUAUAUCGUGGAAUUUAUUUUGUUUUAAGUUAAUUCCAUGUAGUAGGUAUAGUUACAGAAUCAAAUAGGUAUUUUCAUUAUUAAUGUUAUCAUGUAUCUACAUAAUUAGCUGACUAACUAUAAUUUAUGAUGUAUAAACAUAAUUACUGGCUGCAUUGUUAAAAUCCACCUUAAAAAUUGUUAAUAAUAUUAUUGGUAAUAAUUUUUAUUUACCAUGUAUAAACUUAUUAAUUCACAUUGAAUUAUAACUUAUGCCUAAUUAAUGAAUAUUUUGUUAAAUAAAAAAUAAUUUUAUUUUAAAUUUGGUAGAUUAUGAAUGCAUUAAGUAUGACCUAUGAAGAUGAAUGACAAUUAUUAUAAUAUAUUAGAUACAAUUAAAAUUUUUCACAACAAAUUACUAAAUAUUUUUUUCUUAGGCAAUGUAGUUUAUUAAAAACUAUAUGAUAAAUACUAUAAGAAUAUUUGAAUAUAUUUCUUCUAGAAUUUGUCAUAGUAUAGGU